AUGACGGUCACGAGUGAUGUGAAAGAUGCAUGCGCAGUAAGCAGCCACUUGGAGACCUGCAACGCAACUCGCAGCCCUGCCCAGGUAGCCGGGGCUGACUGUGUUGAGUUUUACGGACCAAAAAAGCAGCAAGAGACAAGCGCGAAAACGGGAAAGCCACCUGAGGCACCCAAGGCACCCAAGUAA